AUGCUUCUGCUUUCUCUCCAACAGACACUGUUCCUUGUGGGCACCCUGCUCAUCCCCUCUGCAUUGGCAGCCCCAAGCACACCCUCCCUCCUCGACGCAUGCGGUCUCCUCGCCAACAAGAACGUCUCCUCCUUGUCCGCCACCGAUGUAGCGAAUUGCUACCAAGCCAUUCCUUUCAAUUCUAACCAAGCAAAGUCCACCCUCGAGACCGUCCAUACUCUCUUCAGGGACUACUACAUCUUUACCGAUGCGGCCCUGAACCCUCGCGCACUCAGGCCCUUCAAGAACGAACCCGUUGAUGUUUUGAAGCGAUUGGAGACGAUUGGCAGGACCAAGUAUACCAGCGACUUCCAGUUCCAUAUGGAUAUCCGUGCGACGAUUGAGGCGUUGAAGGAUGGGCAUGCGUCCUAUGAUGUGCACUGCUACGGCGCAUAUGCGUUCGUCAACCGUAUCGCUCUCCACGCCCCUGUCGUCAAUGACACCCAGCAACUGCGUGUGUUCCGCGACAUUCACGAUGACGAAUACAAGGGCUGCAUUGUCGAGAAGAUCAACGGACGACCAGCUUGGUCCUACAUGAAGGACUGGUCCACCAACGUCCUUGGCUACUCGCACGACCCCAACGCCCGCCUCAACAUUGCAUUAGCCACUCAGGUUUACAAGCCAGGCACGGGUCGGUUCCAUACCUUUGAUGGACUUUUCGCCACCCGCACCGUUCCCCCCGAGAGUGAUGCGAUCGAGUACCAACUCCGCUGUGAGGGGGCGUCGAAACCUGUUAAGGUUUUCGGGGAGUGGGUUGUUCAGCCUAUGAACGAGGAUUCCAAGUUUGAUAGCGUUGAGUCUUUUGUCAAGAAUGUCUGCCUUGCACCUGAGGAUGAUGGGUCUGUUCAUGGUCCUACCCCUGCUCCUGUCCUUAUUCUUACUCCCUCUCCCACAGGUCCCCAUCUUGGUCUUGACGUGCAAGAGUUCUCCGGUGCUGAAAAGAUCUUAGAAGGCAACGGCACAGUCUUUUACCACCUCAAGGAGCAGCCUCACAUUGGUGUCAUGGUUGUUCACAGCUUCGAUAUCGCCCCUACUGAGGUCGAAGGUGAGGUUGUCUUUGAGGGUCUCAAGGCCUUGCACUCCAGGAAUGUGACCAACCUUGUCAUCGAUUUCCAAGGAAACGUUGGUGGAUACGUCGAGCUCUCUGCCAUUGUUGUUCAGUUGCUUUUCCCGAACAAAAGUCCCCUUGACGUUCUGUUGCAGGCCGAUCAGCGAGUCACCAAGCCUCUGCAACAGGCAGCCUUGCAUGGAUACAAAGUCAACAACACCGAGUACAUGGAUGCUUCCCUCCUGGUGGACCUCAAGACCGGUCUCCCUUACAAGGACAACAGUAUUUUCUCGCGCCCCGUAACCUUGACCCGUAACGGGCGCAAAAACCUAUACACCGAGAGAACCGCCCUCGUUGUUCCUACCAUCUCCCAGUCCCAAGUCGACGUCGUCAAGACCUUUCCCUGGACCAAUAAUGCCAACAACAUCCGUGUCAUCACUGACGGGCGCUCCGGAUCCGCGACAGGUAUAACGACCUACUUACUGACGAGCGAGCACAACGUCGAGGCAUUCGUCGUCGGAGGCACCGCCGGUGAGGACAUGUCCAUGUUCUCCUUCGCUGGCGCGUCCGUCUUGGCACUCUCCGACAUCCAGCAGACGUACAAGGGUCUGGGUGCUGCCAGUCCCAUGAAGGAUGUCCCCUUUGCGAGCACGAUCCGGUUCUCGUGGUUGGAGGUGUAUGCCCGGAACAGUACUAUCCCCUUGGAGUAUGAUGCUGAGCGGUUCAGGACCAAGAACCAUUUGAACUAUUCAAUCGAGACGUCGUUUGAUAGGUCGGCAAUGUGGAAACAGCUUGCUGCCCUCUCUUGGAAGUAA